GUGCGCUCGGAGCGGAAUCUUUACUCAAAGAAACUCAUUGAGUCGCAAGACGAGGUGGUGGAGUUGAAGCAAAAGUUCCGCAUGAUGGACCACCAGAUUCUUCAGCUGAAGGAGGAGUUGGCGAUGAAAGAGAAGAAGUUUCAAGAGGAGUCUAGCGCGCAGAAGACGUCAAAGGACAAGUUGACAAAAGUUCGCAAAGUUGUCAAUGAGCGAACCGCCGCCUUGGAUGAGGCGAACCAGCGUUGUGAAAAUGUAGGGCAAAAGAUCAAACAGCUUGUGAAGAUCAUCAGCCGCUGCGACAAGGAGCUCAGUGAGCAUCAGCAGCGGUUCCUGGCGGUGAGUGGGGAACGCGAUCUCUUAGGCACACAACUUAUACGGCGAAAUGACGAACUUGCACUUCUUUACGACAAGGUGCGCAUGCAGCAGGAGUUGUUGACGCACGGGGAAGCCGCCUGCCGGGCGCGCGUAGAAGACAUGCGUCUGCUACGAUUAAAAAUUGAGGACUUGAAACGGAAGGCUUCGAUUGCACAGAAACGCGCAUUCCACACGGAGUGUCUGAAGGACGAAAUCAACCAACUCCAGUACGAGUUGCAGGCACAACGAGCGAAGGUGCAGGCCCUCACAGAGGAGGCGGAGAACCCGAAAAAUACGCUCCGCUGGGAAAACAUCUCAGGCCGCGAUCCCACACCAGAGGAAAUUGAAAAAAAAAUUGCUCUGUUGCAGCGUCGCCUCAUCACCAAGUCUGAGGAAUGUGUCGAGAAGGAUAUGGAGGUUCAGGAAAAGCAACGCCUUGUGACGGAGCUGCAGAACAUUUUUGCCCGUCAGCCAGGAAAUGAGGUGGCACGGCAACUAAACGUCAUGCAUAAGGAAUUAGGCCAUAAGAACGCAGUGAUGAAACAAAAGGCGUCUGAGUUGAACAUGACAUCUACACACAUUUCAGAGCUGAAAUAUGAGGCGGAACGUCUACGGCGCGAACUCCACGAAACAAAGAGAAAGUACUACGAAAUACAAAUGAGCAACGACAAACUUGCGGAGUAUCUCUCACACGCCAAAAACACAUCGACCUUCUCCGGAUUUUGA